AGACCACCAAUAUUCUGUUUUAGUAGUGGAGAAUUUUGAUCCAGCCUGAAGAACAUCAGUGUUCCAGCAAUCUGAUUUCAUUCAUUUCCUCUGAUGUCAUAUUGGAAAACAUUAGGAUGUCCACAGAUAUUUGACCUUCCAUAGGAAGAAGAUGUUAAAAACUUUAAGCAACCAUCACAGUAAUGGAUCUUGGUCAGAAAAAUGAGACUGAGUUAGAAAAUAGUGAAAAUAAUGAAAUUCAAAGUACAGAAGAAACUGAAUUAACCUUUACUUGUCCAGAUGAAACAAGCGAAAAGAAUCAUGUUUGUUGUCUUCUCAAUAUCAGUGAUAUUACGCUUGAACAAGAUGAAAAAGCCCACGAGUUUGUCAUCGGAACUGGAUGGGAAGAAGCAGUCCAAGGCUGGGGCAAGACUUCACCAACCGCCUGCAUCUGGCCCAGAAAGAAGCCUAAAAAGGCAAGGGCGGGAAAAAGUGCCAGCAGCUGCUUCCUCUGUGUCAGUCUCUCCCAAGGGAGCUUGGAGGCCAGGCCUCAGUUGGAGGCGGGCAAAUUGGAGUCAGGGGCUCCGGCUGAGGUGGGCCCAGAGAAGGAUCAAGGCAGCCCCUCCCAGACUCAGGGGCGCCCCUCUGCCUCCAGGGAGAUGAGCAAGAUCUGCUUUCCCACCUACAAUCAGGGAGAGAAAAAAAGUCUGCAAAUAAAGGAGUUUAUUUGGUGCAUGGAAAACUGGGCCAUCCCCGAAACUGUUAGGGGCAAGGACCCCAGAAAUCCCAGUGGAGGCGCUAACAGAGGUCCCUUCAUUUCAGACACCUUGACUUCCAAGGCCUUGUUAGUUCUACCUCCCCUGAAGGCUGCACCCCCAAAUGGCCUGGAUGAUCUGGGUAAGAAGAGUGAGAACUUUUUCUUGGAGCCGGAAGAGAGGGAGCUGAAUGUGGAAAAGGAUGAAUGUGUGCCUUGUGCAUAUGGAUUGAAUACAGUUGAUGGGAAAGGUGAGAAGAGACCCACUGAGCUGGCCAAACACCUUAAGGUCAACGACCCCCCGCCUUUCCCUCCCCCGGCGGCCCGGACAUCCCUGCUGGCCAGUCCUGAGCCGUGCUGCCUGCACUGGUCCCUCCUGCCUGAGAAAAACCUGGCGUGUCCUCCCAACUCCAACAAUGUUCGCUAUCUUGCUGCCUUGCAGCUUUUGCAGAAACAGGGAGUGCAAAACCACAAAGCCAAAUUCAAAGCCAGGGAGCCGAGACCUCCCGUGAACACCCAAAAGCGCGCUCUCACGGAGGCCAAGCAGGAAAACAGGCACCAAACGCUGGAGACCAAAGUGUUCUCAAGAUCUCUCUUGCCGUCCCUCACAGUGAGCAGGGUUGUUAUUCCUGUCUCCUCUCACAGACUCCUCUGAGUUGCCACGAUAUACUUCCCUGGGAAUAAGCACGACUUGAAAUUCAUUCAUCCUCUCUCCUGCCCCCACCCUAUUCUCCUUGGCUCUGGCUCUGUCUCCGUCUCCUUUUCGUUUGGUCUCCCAUACUCUUCCCUCCCUCCCUCCUUCCCCUGGUCCUUUUUUUGUACUAGACCAGAGGACAUUGAACCUCAUUGUAUGAGUUUUGAUUUAUUCUCAAAACCCCCAUAUUUAUGUGUUACCUGCUUCUGUUGCUUAGUUAUUUAUACAAUGCAAACUGGUAAUGCCAGUCUCUCAGCCUCUGCCUGCCUUAUCUCUCCACUCCCACUGGAAGCCAAGUGGAUGGUGGGCAAUCCGAAGGGCCUGCCUCAGUGAUGGCCCCAUGUCAGCCCCAAACUGACUGCCCCACCCUAGUGCCGUAAGCUAAGUGUACUGGGCUUGUUUAGAUCAAAUUGUUUCGUGAUCUUUUGAACCAGGCAGAUAUGUUGCCUCAUUUUCUCUUGCAACAAAGAUCUGAAACAUUGCUUUAAUAGACAACUCCAGCCUGUGUCCAAAUGAAUAUCCUUGUGUCCAAGGUGACAUGUACUUAUUAUUGUAGUGUCAUGCUAGUCUCUGUGUCUGGGAAGUUUUAGCCAUAGCUCUACACAAUCUAUCUUGGGAAGAAGGUUAAGAAUAAUUAAUUAUUUGAAAAAAAAAGUCACUGUGAUUAUUGUCACCUCACAUGCUUCCUCCAGCCUUAACUUGCAUCUAAUAUUUGGGAACUCUACAACCCCAACAGACACUUAGGAAAUGGGGCUAUUACUUUCUCCCUUCUCCUGUCCCCCCACCCCUCUCAUUUUAUCCCAAUGCAUAUUUCCUGAAGUUGUAUAUAAAUUAAGCGUUUGUAAAUGUUAUACUUUAAAUGCCAGGUGACAAUGCUAUGUAGAGAAAUGCUCUGAAAAACCAUUUCGUGAUAUGAAUAACCAUUUAGCCACUCUGUAAUUACAUAGUUUGCAUUUGCUUAAGGUAGGUUGUACUUGAACUCUGGACUUUCCAUCUCCUAAAUGAUGGGCAGACAGAAUAUAUGACUGUGUUUGUAAACAUCUGCUCUCCAUGACUGGUCUUUGUAAUGUCUUGUCUGUUAGUUUUUUUGUUUUGUUUUGUUGGUUUGUUUUUAUGAAACACCAGAAAUGCAGGAAUGAUUAUAGGACAACAGUCAUCAAAAGGUAUACUUUGCCCACUGAGGUUGAACACCUCUUUACAGCCUAGAAGCAAUUCCGUCUUCCCUUAAUGAAGAAAUCAUCUGGAUUCUGUCCCCCAGAGGAGGCCCCAAUUCCCCACUGUGUCUGGACAGUGAGGGUGUAGGAGCUGGUACUGUUUGAGGACCCUGCAGCCUGCCCACCUAAGACAGUGGUUUGUCAAGCCCCCUUUACAAGCAGCAGCAUGAGCUCAGUAUGUAAAAUAGUCAAAAAUGUUUGAUUGGGAGGGAAGGGUACGGAGCAGUGUGAGUGGGGACAGAGCCCCACCUGCUCAGCCCGGACAUACUUACCUUCUGAGAGCUUGAGGCAGUUUGAAAACACUGAUCUAAGAUACAACAGAAUAUUUUUUUUCUUAAGAAAAACUCAUUUGUUGAGAUAAGGGUUAUAAAUUCUGUAGAUUUUGGGGUAAACAUAUAAUAAUUUAGAAUUAAGGGGAGGGCCCAAUUUAAAGAUUUGUAGUAUCCUUUUUGGGCAAAUAAUUAAUAUGGGCAGAAAAAUGUUGACUAGACGAUUCCUCUGUGAAGAGGUAAGAAUGUUUUACAUUUGGCAUCUCUUUGUCUAGAUAAUUAUUCAAGUACCUGAUAAAGGUAUCGCUCUGGGAUCUUAUUUGCAUUAGCCCAGGUUUAGCUUGUUUCUCUGCAGAUAAAGUCACUCUAGGCCUUGUCCCAAUGUCCACUCAGAUUAAAUCAAGACAUCCAAACUGGUCUUUGAUGUUCAAACCUAGAUAAAGGCUGAAUUUUUACAGAAUGUAGUCCUCAUUAGGGUUCUAGGUCACUAACAAGACUUUGAGUGGAAAUCCUGCCAUUUUAAGGAGCUAAGCAUGUUAUAAUGUAGGUGCCAACGGCCCUCUUCCUACCUCAAGGUGAUGAUCUCAAUUAGGUUUUAGUUCCUCUAGUCCUCUCCAAACCAAGCUUGGAGGGCUCUGUGUUUCAUCCCUCAUUCUAUUAUUUUUGGAUGCCUCAUUAGUAAAACUUUCCAAACUCCUAUUUUUCUUGAAACCUUAAAAAAUCACCAAGUGGAAUUGUGGCAGCACCUGCCACAGGGCUCCUGCUGGGCUGAGGCCAGGGGAUGCUGCUGAGGGUCUAGGUACGGCAAGGGAGGCCCCGGAGGGGCAGGAAACCUCAGACAGACAGAACGUCGACAGGGCAGAGACGUGAGGGGUAGCGCUCUUGAAGGGAAAGGGGAAGGCUUCAAGUCAGAAUAGGGCCUGGCUACAUUUGGACAAGUACGUAGGACUUUGCCUGCUCCAGGAGACUUUCCCCAAUUUUUAGCUUUAUUCUUUUUAUUCUGGACUUUGCCCCCUCUUGUGAAUUAACUGUACUUCAAAGACCAUGUGAUAAAAUGAUUUGAACCUAGAAUCAUACUUGCUUUCACUCUCCCUCCAUGUUCAGGAGCUUCAAGACCCAGAGAGACCACAGAAGCCCCAGCCUGUCUCCCUUUGGGAGCCCCCAGCUGACCAAGCAGGCCGAGCUGCACCACUGGAGGCCUCAUAUUUUGGGCUUUUUGGGGUGCCUGGGCUUGGGUCCAAUGCAACCCUGAUGCUGCUGUUGAGGGGCUACUGAGAAGCAAGGUGGGGAAGAAACAGUGGGGUUCUUGUGACUGUGACCAAUGGCAGACAAGGGCAGCCCCUGGUACCAUAGGGAACACUCUCCCACCGUCUGCCAGGCUAAGUGGGAUGCUGGAGCCAGGAAAGACUCAAUGCCAUGCUCUUGAUGCCCAGGCUAAACUCUGCCCUGAGUCCUAAGCAGCAACAUGUUUGAGAUGCAAUCAAAAAACCAGAUAUUUCACCCAGAACAUGGAAAAAGCAGUGGAUCACCAGAAAGCAGAGAGUAAAUAGGGGCAAGCAGAAGCAGUAAGAAAAUGCCAAGCUUGCAACAAGGUCUUAUUGACACAUACCAUGCUAAUAUGCUCACUCCACUGGGCCAAAAAAA